AUGACGAGCGAGAAGCAGCUACUUCGCCGCGUAAACUCGGCACACACCGGACAAUCGAGCUCGCCAGUUGACACCACGCACAAUGUGUUUCUGCACCUCCGACUGGAGCCCUUUCUCUCCUCGUCGCUGCUCGACCUAAUAGACAUACUGGCUUACCCAAUAUCCAUAUCGCCCAGUGUCCCCAGCACCCCGCCGCCGCUCUACGAGCCCCCGCCGCCAUCAUACCCAGCCGGUGAGUCGUGGCUGGCCCCGCUGUCCGACGAGCAAUCACCCGCGUAUGACAGCACGAAUGAUGUGCAGAUGACCCCUGGUGAUGUGGUCGUUGAGGAGCAGCUGCAGAACGAGUUGGCACUGAAUUUGCUCAUGUAUGAGGUUUUAGCCCACCAGUCCGACGAGUCCACGCCCCCAGGGAAUGGAUCCUCUGCGCAGCAGCAGCCAAGCAGUGGCAAUCUGCACCCUGCUGUUUGAUUGCCUGCUGACAUGCCAAAGCAGGGGAGGAGGACAAGAAAUGCGCAAGCUCCCCUGCUGGAACAUUAUCCCUCCCUCAAUCCCCCCGCCCCACCAAUGUCACAUGCAAUCGGCGGUACAUUAACCCCGCCACUUUGGCUCUCUCUGCCUUCACAUUCCUCCCAUGUUCCAUAUACCACCAAGCCCACUUGUAAAUUCUCAAUACACAUAUGCUGCCUUUUGUUUGUAGCUUCAACAACAGGAAUGCCUCUAUCCCCCUGAUAUGAGAAAAU